UAGUGAUUACUUGGAUUUAUAGUCACACGUUUGUUAUCGAGAGGAAUUUGUUCAAGGAUCUCAAAUUACAAACUUGGGCUAUUCCAAAGUUUCGCAAACAAUACUUUAGUCAAUGGCAAAGAAAGAGUAUUAAUAAUUUGAUCAAGGAAGCCAUCAUGGAAGCAGAUCAGAAAGGCGUAAAGGUUUUGAGCCUUGGACUCUUAAAUCAGGAAGAGAAGUUGAAUAAAAAUGGUGAAAUUUACAUAAGGAAGCAUCCUGAGCUGAAAGUUAACGUGGUAGAUGGAAGUAGCCUAGUUGUUGCUGUGGUUCUCAACUCCAUUCCUAAAGGAACUUCCCAAGUGGUACUACAAGCUCGUCGUUUGUCCAAAGUUGCUAACACUAUUGCCCUCGCCUUGUGUCAACGAGGAAUUCAGGUUGUCACGUUAGACGAAGAAGAGUACAAGAGACUUAAAGCAAGGCUUACACCAGAGGCUGCAGCUAAUUUGGUCUUGUCGAAAAGUACUUGUGUUUCAAAGACAUGGCUAGUAGAUGAUGGAUUGUGUGAAGAUGAGCAAUUGAAAGCACCAAAAGGAACAUUAUUUAUUCCUUAUUCACCAUUUCCACUAAAGAAAGUUCGUGAGGAUUGCUUCUACUUCAGCACACCAGCCAUGAUUUGUCCAAAACAUCUUCAAAAUGUAGACUCUUGUGAGAACUGGCUGCCAAGAAGAGUGAUGAGUGCAUCGAGAAUAGCUGGAAUUUUGCACGCGUCUGAGGGUUGGAACGAGCACGAGUGUGGUGACAUGAUGUUUGAUGUUGACAAAGUAUGGAAAGCUAGUCUUGAUCAUGGUUUUUCACCAUUUACCAUGUCUUCUGCUAUUGAAGCCAAGAUCUAGAAAUGCAAAUUUUUAUUUUGUAAGAUUAUAUGUUAGAUCAUUGGUAACUUAUAAGCUUGUAAUAAUGGUUAAUAACAUAUUGAAGUAUCAUGUU